AUGAAUAGCGCCCCUUCCCGCUCACGGCGUCCCUCGUCCCCGCCAUCAUUAACCUCACAACGCUUGGUGAACGAUCUGAAGCCUGUCAUUGACUCCCUGAUCGAUAUAUGUAACAAGCAACAUCCAUCUGUUCAUGAUGCUCUGGGUGCCACUGAGGGGCUCCUACGGUUGCGUCACACCUUCAUCGACGAUGAGAACACACGGAUCGCAAAGGACACUUUUCACCAGCUGUCGGGAUUCCAGACCUUACUCCGGUUUCUACGGUUGAUUGGAGAUAUAUAUGACCCCUCUACUUUGUUGAAGGAGGAUCGAAAGAGUCUUUUGGUUCUCGUCAAAGACAUACAUGGCGUGCUGGCUGAAAGCUUGAAAGACCAUCCGGGCAACAAGAGAUAUUUCGCCAAAAAGAUCGACGGUGGGGGUGUUGUGCUCCUAGAGAGCAGCUUGUCGCCAUUAUCUAAGAAGCUGGAACUCGACACUGAAGGAGUCGUUGCCGAUGCUACCGAUGUCGAGCAAUUCUAUGGCGGGCUUCUAGCUGCGGCUCUGGGGCAAGAAGUGUUCGCUGAUUUCUUCAGUGUGAUAAGGAAAAAAGUUGGACAAAACAAUUAUUCUUCCAACUCUUCCGCAGUGCAGGAAGCCGUUAGCAAAACUCUAGGAACAGCAGAAACAGUUGAAAAUGGCGAAUUCGUGGGUCCUCUUUUGCAUCUGUGGUUGGCCCAGUCUUCAUAUCUUCCAGGAUUCUCCAUACAACGAUUGGCCAUUCCAGCAUGCCUGAUACAUUUAGCCUCGCAAUCCCGGCGCAACUUACUAGCACUUCAUUCCACGGGAAUACUUACCUCCUUACUCCCAAUCAUUACAAAUUCAAAAAGAGUUGGGCAAGGAAGGGAUCUGUAUUGUGAACUCGCUGGCAUCUUAUGUUCUGAAGGUGUCAAUGAUUUAGAAGAUGCUGCGCACCUUUAUCGCGCGGCUCAUGGCUCCCCUGAUGUCUCUAAAUUUCUGCUCGCUGCCGUUAAAUCAUCCAAGAACCCUGCGUGCAUUCAUUUUGAUCUAUCGAGGCAUGGCUAUUCAUCCGUUGAGUUGCCAACGCUAGGAAGGACGUUUCCACCCACCCACUCCUCGGGAUAUUCUCUUGCCCUGUGGGCACGAUUUGACAACUUUGACCCAAAUGCGCAUACAACUAUAUUUGGAGCGUUUGAUGCUAGUCAAUCUUGUUUUGUUCUCGCGUAUCUUGAAAAGGAUACCCAUAACUUUAUCCUCCAAACUUCGAUGAAGGGUGCUCGUCCAAGUGUUCGCUUCAAAUCUGUGGUGUUUUCUCCUGGUCAAUGGUACCACAUAUGUAUUGUUCACAAAAGACCUCGACCUACCUCCUCAUCCCGGGCAUCACUCUUUGUCAAUGGAGAGUUUGUAGAACAGUUAAAACCUGAGUACCCAUCAAGUCCGCCUAAGUCUGCGGCGCACAGGAUGCCUCGUGUCCAGGCAUUUCUAGGUACCCCGGAGGACUUGGCGGCUCGGCUUGGGAAAGGGGUAUCAACGUCACGGUGGUCCUUGGCAUCUGCCAUUCUAUUUGAUGAGGCAUUUUCCGACGACAUCAUAGCUGUUUUCUGCCAUUUGGGACCACGAUACCAUGGCAAUUUCCAGGACUGCUUGGGAUCGUUCCAAACUUACAAAGCAUCUGCUCAAUUGAAUCUACGCAAUGAGAAUCUCCAUCCUGGAAAGGAGGAGAACUCGGAUAUCGUCACUGUUAUCCGGCGGAAAGCAAGUACCCUGAUUCCGGAAAAUUCUGUUUUACUAAACAUAUCACCCAUGACCGUUCUCGAUGAUGAUGAUAGCAAUAACGUUGAUGAAUCUCAGCUUAUAAAGUCCUUAUCAAAGCAAGCUGCCAGAAAUUUAAACCAUCUCACUAAAGCAGGUGGAAAUGCUGUCGCAAUCAAUGGGGCUGUUCCUGCGAUUAACGAUGCCCUAACCCAAGCCCAUGGGGUUGCCAUUUUGACCGGCGAUCCGGUUGUAGCCGUUCCUCAAGCCUUAGACGAUGCGAGCUGGCAGAUUGGUGGAUGCGCUGCGCCACAUCUCAGUCUGAUCGAAGCAGCUACCACUCCAGAGAGCACUUGCACUGCCGUGGAAACUCUGUUCGAAGCGGUUCAAGACAAUUGGAGAAAUAGUGAGGCAAUGGAGAGGGAGAAUGGCUACAGCAUACUUGCCGUUUUACUUCGUGAAAAGCUUGGCCUUUCCAAUCACAUUCAGAAUGCUCUUUCAAAGCCGACCGCUGCUUUUUCAACCCCCGAGCAGCACAAUGGAUUAGCAAUGGAAAUUCUCCUAUUAAUUCUGAAAUUUGUUGGCUAUGACUUUCAGAAUCCCAAGAUAUCGAUUAUUACUAACCCCUUAGCCUAUCGGGUCCUUCUUGUUGAUUUAGACGUCUGGAGGUAUGGGAAUCUACCUCUGCUCGAGAUAUACUAUUCCCAAUUCAUCACGUUCUCUGCUGAGUGCCACAACCACCGAUUUAAUACUAAGCGACUAUCUCGAAUGCGUGUCGUCAAGAAACUGCUAGAUGCCCUGAAAGGAGAGAGUUUCACCUCGGAAUCCAUGAAACUAUUUAUUCCAGCAUUUAGCUGCCUCGUAAAAUCCUGCAUGUCGGCGGAAAUUCUCAGAUCCCUGGCGCUGUUCAUCACCUAUUCUAUCCAUGCUGCGAAACCGUCGACGAGCUUGCAGAAGAGGAAAAGCAUGCGCUUCGAUCCCCGCACUAAGCGGCCCGGGUUUGCCCUCUUCCACCAUCCAGACAGAACAUACCUCUCCGAAUCUGAAAUAGGAAUUGAAGUCUUAAAAGCUUACGCCAACAUUAUCUGUAAAGAGAGUGGAACUGCAAACAUUGCAAAAUUUGCCAGAACGGUGACGAACAAGUGGUUGCUCUACCUAAUCUUAGAAGAUAACCCUGAAGUCGUGGUGCUGGCCCUCACUAUUCUGGCUAGGUUACUGGUCACACAUGGAAGUAGUUAUACAAGGAAAUUUGCCGACAAAUCGGGUGGAUUCGUCAUCAUGCGUCGUCGCCUGAAGCGCUGGUGGUAUAUUCCUGCGUUGUGGCCUAUUUGCUUUGCUAUAUUGUUCGGAAAAGAUGUUGGCCAAUUGGACCUCGACCGGCCGUUUGACCACUUCGGAUUUCUGGAUUUGUUUAACUCCACUGGGGAGACUGAGGAGUUAAGGGUUAUAUAUCCGGAGAUUCUUCCUGUGAUUAUGGGAAUGCUCGAAACCGGUCUCAAGGUGACGGUUGCUAAGGAGAGUGAAUCUCCUGAAACCGAAGGUGUGAUUGAGCUCCCCACUCGAAAUCGUGUAGAUAGGCGCUCGAUGUCAAGCACAUCACCACCGGAUGCGACCACGAUAAACGCGUCUUCCAAGCCAAAUAUUGAACUACUAAACACGGUCAUUGGCUUUCUUGCCGAUGUUCAUGUCAAAUCUAAACACUUUCGUGACUUUACCGUGUCUUCUACUUAUGUGCAAGAGCUACUUUUCCUUCUAUUCCCCGUUGUCGUUGGCUCAGAUACGGUUAGUGCUGAUGUAGAGCUAACUUCGCGAUCUUCUGGCCUCACAUUUGGUGCGAACGAGAUGGUUAUCCGCCCUCUGUUACAUGCACGUCCCGUUCUACGCACCACGACUGUAGAACAUUCGGAGUCGCAAGAGGGUGGUAAUGGCCUUAAACGGGGGUCCUCCUUUAUCCUUGUCUCGUCUGAUAAAUCUCAGCACGCCCCAUCCUUAGCGCGACUUAGCCAUGCUGUUGCAGCUAAUUCUGAAAACAUAAAUCAUCCGCCCACUCAUUCUAUUGUGGAAGGAGUCCUAGAACUGGUUGCGGCUGUUUUCAUUGACCAAAUACUCACCAGGAAGGACUUUACUGAGUUAGCGCUCCACUCGACUAUUCCUCCCGGAUUUGUUGAACAUCAAACAUAUUUCGAGUCAUGGGUUCUUCGGAAUGUCCUGUCUCAAUUGAAAAAUACAAUUCUACUGAAUCGCAAACUACUAUGGGAACCCCGCGUUCUAACCAAUCUCUCUAAACUUCUAACACACCUCGUGGAAACUCUUUAUGAGGGCUGGUUUAUGGAGGGUGCAAUUUCCAUCAUUGACUUAUCGGGGCCGAUUCUCGAGUAUCUACAGCUUCCCGAGGUCGCUUGUAUGAAAAGUAUUCGGCUCUGUAGCCAAGCAAUCUCUUCUAUCCGAUCAGCCGUGUCGCGUACGGUGUUGCUUCGAUUCUCUGUGGCAGACAACUCAGACACGCUCUCCUUUCUCAAAAUGCUCGCCUAUUGGCAAACAAUCGUUCUGCCAGCCGAGGAACCCCAAGCAGAAUGUUUUCCAUUAAUAUGCUACCAGCUCUACGCCAAAUUGGUCACCGAUAACGAAGACAUUCGACUGGCCGCCGCGAACUUGUGGCGAACUUUCUUGGUUCAGAAACCUUCAGAGAUGUCUGUUCUCCUGAAUUAUGCAAGUUCCUCCCUCCGUAAACGGUUGUCUUCCGGGUUCCAAAAGCUCGUUGGUUUAGAUGACAUCAGCUUCCUGCGUUGGGUUGAUGACCAGCGUGAAGAUCUUGAUUCGUUUUUCUUUGGAGCUAUGGCUAAAAAUUGGGAAACUUUUGUUCGGGACGAAAACAGCAAAACCGAGGAACGUGCGUGGUCGCGACUUUCAAAGAGGAGAGAUAAGCUGAAACAGUGGAAUCAAGCUGAUCUGGCCCAGGAAGAAGUUAUCCGGAAACAUGAUACUACUUUUGAUCAUUGGACAUCUAACAUCUUUUCCUCUGAGCACCUCAAGCUUCAGCGAUCAUUCCAAGAUCAACAAGACAGCUUCACAUUCUUAUCUUCUGCGUUUGCAAAAAUGUAUCGUGAUUUGAGGCGAGAUAACGGAAUUCUGAUUGGAAUGAAGGAAACCAAGUGGCGUCUUGACCAGACCGAAGGCAGGAAUAGAAUGAGACUACGAAUUACUCCAGAUGACACUGUUGGUGGUCAGAAUUACCAACCGAAACGCAGAACAUCUCAAGAGCCGCCUAGCAUUCGAGUUGACAACACGCGAGGCCGGGUUGUUGAAAAUGACAUGCUCAACACCUCCCUUACCUCUAUGGUAGCUGAUCCUGUUGAGACUGAACCUCAAGUUGAACCUCAGGCGAACGACCCCGAUGAUAGAUUUGGCCUUGAAGGCAGCUUCGAAAUGAUCGAGGAUCCUAUGGAUUGGCAAGACGAGUAUGAAGAUAAGAAUAGGAAGGUAAUGAGAAGUCUCCACCGCGGAGACCAAGUUCAGCACGUUUGUAAUAUCUCUAGGAUUGUCGGGCUGGAGGCGUGCGAGGGGCUUCUAAUUCUCGGGAAAGACUCUGUGUAUAUCUUGGACAAUUUCUUCCAGCGGGCCGACGGAGAGGUUGUUAGCGUUUGGCAAGCGCCUCCUGAAGAGCGGGAUCCGUACGUUCGCAUGAUUUCCGGACACGAAUCUGAUGACCGCCGGGUAAAUAAUGGGGAACAUGAAACAAGGAGUUGGAAGUGGUCAGAGGUCAUAAGUGUGUCGAAACGGCGGUUUUUAUUCCGGGACGUUGCACUGGAGAUUUUCUUUGCAGACGGUCGAAGCUACCUGCUAACGUUAGUGUCCCCUACACUUCGGGAUGAGUUAUAUCACCACCUUUCAUCUCGUGCGCCCCAAAUAAGUGGACCCGGAAAUGCAUCACAAAAUGAAGAAAUGUGGAGGUUUGAGGCCUUGCGCAAUCAGGAAGAUUAUCCUCAGUUUCUCAGAUCGAAGAUUGCCAACGUGUUUAACCAGAAUCCUACCAAUCCAGCUACGCGAAAAUGGAUCAAGGGUAAAAUGUCCAAUUUCCAUUACUUGAUGUUCGUUAAUACCAUGGCCGGACGGACGUUCAAUGAUCUAACACAGUAUCCCGUGUUCCCUUGGGUGCUUGCUGACUAUACAAGUGACGAACUUGAUCUGACAAAUCCAAAGACGUUCCGUGAUCUGUCUAAACCGAUGGGGUGCCAGACCCCAGAACGAGAGGCGGAAUAUAGGAGCCGAUACCAAUCAUUCGCUGAAAUGGGUGAUCAUAACGCGCCACCAUUUCAUUAUGGGACGCAUUAUUCCUCCGCUAUGAUCGUAACCUCAUACCUCAUACGUCUUCAGCCAUUCGUACAAUCUUACCUCCUCUUGCAAGGGGGGACAUUUGACCAUGCUGAUAGGCUAUUUUAUUCCAUAUCCAAGGCAUGGGAAUCGGCAUCUAGUGUCACCAUGACUGAUGUCAGGGAGCUGAUCCCUGAAUUCUUCUAUCUCCCUGAAUUCUUGGUAAACUCCAACAAGUAUAAUUUCGGAUUAAGACAAAACAAGUCUCAAUCAAUAGAUAAUGUCGAAUUACCUCCAUGGGCUAAGGGAGACCCAAGAAUAUUCAUUGCUAAACAUCGGGAGGCGCUUGAAAGCCCAUACGUGACGAAGAAUCUUCACCAAUGGAUUGAUUUGGUUUUCGGUUAUAAACAAAAAGGCGAAGCCGCCGUUGAGGCCGUAAAUGUUUUUCACCAUUUGUCUUACCAGGGAGCUAAAGAUUUGGACAACAUUGAUGAUCCUGUUGAAAGGCUUGCAACCAUAGGUAUCAUCCAUAAUUUCGGACAAACGCCUCACCAGGCCUUCCAGAAACCGCACCAACAAAGGGAGGAGGUGUCCCACAAGCAAAAGCGAUUAGAUACGGCGGCACCGUCGCUAACGCGCUUGCCCUUCACAUUGCUCGACAGCCAGGAGCGUGUAGCAUCGCUGCUCUUCUCAAGUAAGCAAGAUCGUCUGCUCUGUUCAGCUGCCUUCAGGCUUAAUAUUCCUCCCAAUUAUGACAAGUAUAUCGAGUGGGGAUUUGCCGAUGGUAGCGUUAGGUUUUAUGCAGCCGACACCGGGAAGUUGAUUGGCCAUUUUGAGCACCUCCAUAUCGGACAAUUGUCUGGAGCCUUGUUUGCUGAUUCUCAAACGCUAAUCACCUCCGGGACCGAUUGCACAGUCUCAGUCUGGUCAUUCACAUCGACAUCCAAAACCGCAGAUCUCCAUCCGAAGGCUACCUUAUUUGGUCACAGAUCGCUGGUUACUACUCUUGCAGUCUCCAGGUCCUUUAGCACUGUAUUGUCAGCGUCAAAGGAUGGAAAGAUAAUGCUCUGGGAUCUGAAUCGUUUGGAAUUUGUGCGGUCGUUACCCGACGGAGAACCUGUGGAUUGUGCCCGUAUCAACGAUGCAACCGGGAAUAUCCUCGUCUGUCGUGGGAAUCGCAUUAGUCUAUACACUCUAAACGGGGCAUUGCUGGUUGACCAAGCUGUAUGCGAACAUACUGAUGACAGCAUACUAUCGUGCGCUUUUUACGAGGGUGUUAGCAAUGAAUGGCUGGAACGAGAGCUAUUAUUCACAGGACACAAGCGCGGACUCGUAAAUAUCUGGAGUAAAACGAUUCGGAACGGCCGAUUCGAACUCGAUCUAAUCCGUCAGCUACACCAUGUAGACAACACGCGGGGAGACUGGGCCAGCAACGUUUCUGCGGGUAUCAGUUGUAUUUUGCCGCUGGCACAGAGCGUUUACACCGGAGAUGAGCUAGGGCGGGUGGUAAGUUUAAUUUUCAAUCUCAUUUCUACGGAAUUUUCCUGGCGCAUGGCGCAGCAAGUUGAUGGUCAUCUUAAAACAGUAUGA